UUGAAUGAAAAAUUUUGGCCGAGAAUGAUAUAUGCGGCCAUCUUCCUGAUUGGACUCAUAUUAGCGUACGUUUUCAGAAACUUUCGUCGGCCGGAAAACUUUCCACCAGGACCCGAGGGGUUAAGAUUCAUCGGAAAUGUUCCACUGAUAAAGCGAUUGAGUCGAGAAAAAGGUGGCCUACAUCUAGCAUUCUCAUCUCUGGCCGAGCAGUUUAAGACGUCAAUUUUGGGCCUUCAGUUGGGCUCCGAUUUGGUGGGUGCUGUCUUUUCGGAGGACAAUCUCGCUGCAGUCCAUCUCGACGAGGUUUUCAACGCCCGACCCAACGACUUUUUCUCUCGACUCCGCAGUUUUGGCGUAUGCAAAGGAGUCACAUUCACAGACGGUGAUUUGUGGCUGGAGCACCACAAGUUUGCACUCAAGCACCUUCAUCAACUGGGCUUCGGCAAGGUGAAAGUGAAGAACCUCAUCAAAGAAGAAAUAAGCCAUUUCGUCGAGCUCCUCAAUAAUCAGAGGGACGAUGUCUGCAUCACUAAAUACCUCGCACGUUUAGUGUUGAACGUGCUGUGGACGGUGGUGGCAGGCACGCGUUUUUCGCUGGACGACCCCAAGCUGGGCCGGCUCCUGGAGUUGAUGAAUUCACGUUCGAAAGCGUUCGAUUUUUCUGGCGGUCUCCUGAAUCGAUUCCCGUGGAUGAGGUUCCUUGCCCCCGAGAAAUCAGGAUACAAGCUCAUUUCCAACCUCAACUCGGAACUCCGCAAUUUUCUCAUGGAUGAAAUUGAAAAGCACAAAGGAACUAGGACCGAUGAAGUUAGAGAUUUCAUGGAUUUAUAUUUAAAAAAAAUUGACGCUCCCGGAACAGACAAAGGCAUAUUCAAUGAGGACCAACUGGUCGCAGUGUGCCUGGACUUCUUCAUCGCUGGCUCGCAUACAACUAGCGACACUCUGGGUUUUGCGCUACUGGCUAUGACGCGGUGUCCCGACGUUCAAGGUAAAGUUCAGCGGUGUUUGGACGCUGCAGUUCUGCCAGGAACGGCUCCCGACUUCACUGAAGAAAAGGGAAUGAACUACGUGUCUGCAGUACUUCUGGAGGCGAUGCGCAGCUGUUUUGUGGCUCCGACGUCCGGGCCUCGUCGCGCCACUCGAACCACCACGGUCGGCGGCUACACCAUUCCUCAGGGUACGACAGUAUUAAUGAGCAUCCACUCUAUACUGAACGACAAGAAGCGAUGGAGCGAUCCGGAGGUGUUUAGACCGGAAAGAUUUUUAGACAAUGACGGGAAUAUUACCAAUUCUGACCGGUUGUAUUUCUUUGGACGAGGUAAGCGGAGGUGUAUUGGAGAGGCGCUGGCAAGGAAUUUCAUCUUCCAGUUUUUCACUAGUCUCCUUUACCAUUUCGAGUUUUCGGCUGUUCCCGACAAACCUCUCCCUACAACUCCCGUAGCAGGGAUCUUCCUCAGCCCACAACCGUUCCAUGUGAACUUGAGGCCCAGAAUCUCCAAACAGAUCGCGGAACCCGGAAGCCGGUUCCUCCAUCCAGUUUUGGCCGCGGAGUUUGGUCUAGAGAAAUAUUCUUCUUUACGCCGAAGAUGAGGAAAUUAGUGGUCCUCUGUUAGGUGACCGCGAUGAGGAUCUCUAAGUAUUGACACUUACUGCAGUUCUAUUAAUCGUUAUCGAAUGCCCUUCAAGGCCUUGUCUCCACGGGACGUUUUCACGGGAUUUGUAAACUUCUGGGAUUUUUCCCAGUUACCGUCUCCACGGGACGGGGCUCGUACAGUCCUGUGAAUAGUUUGCGCGGGAACAUAAAUUAGUUAAAGUCGAGUAUUUAACCGGGAUUAAAAUAAUAAUUGCACUCAAUUGAC